AUGUGUGGCGGGAGGCGCAUCCGUUGUGGGAAGAGUUUGGCGAGCGGCGGCGGCUCGCCUAUCAGAGGGCGCUGGCGCGUCGGAAGGAAGCGGGAUUUGUUGAGAAGACGCCAUGGCAAGGUCCGAGGCGCACAGAAGGGCGGACAGAGUGGAGCAAGGGUGUCGCGAGGAGGGAAGUUUAGAGAGGAUAGUACAGAGAAGGUGGAAAGCAAAUUGUGA